AAAACAUGCGUUGGCCUCACUUUUGCGCAGCCAAACUCUCCACCACUACCACCAUCGACAUGCCCUUGUGCGACGUGGCCCUUUCUGACAUCUGCGCCCACCCCAAUUGCUAGCACCAUGUGGCGGAGAGUCUACUUCCUGCUCAUUCUAGUCCGCGUCUACUUUGCCCUGUCGCCCAGCUACCUGCAUCCCGACGAGAACUUCCAGGGCCCAGAGGUUGUUGCUGGACGCGUCUUCUCCUACCCCGUCCACCAGACGUGGGAAUUCACCUCGGACCACCCCAUCCGCAGCACCUUCCCGCUAUGGCUUGCAUAUGGCUGGCCCAUGUACAUCUUGCGCUGGCUGUGGGAGGGCUCGGGAUAUGACGUCUCGCCCGCUGUCGUCUACUGGACACUGCGCGUCCUCAUGCUGUCGCUGAGCGUCGUCAUGGAGGACUGGGCCAUCCACGAGCUCGUCGCAUCCCCCCGCGCCCGACGCGUUGCCGUGGUGCUGGUCGCGUCGUCGUAUGUCACAUGGACGUUUCAGACACACACCUUUUCCAACAGCCUCGAGACGCUGCUGGUGCUCUGGAGCCUGGUCUUGAUCCAGAGAAUCACCGACGAUAAGAAGCGCUCUGGCAUCGCGGCCUCGUCCAUUUUGGGCUUCAUGCUCGUAGUCGGCAUCUUCAAUCGCAUUACAUUCCCUGCCUUUGUCCUUCUACCUGCGUUGACGCUGCUACCGCAUUUCCAGCGCAAACCGUUCUCUUUAAUCUUCCUAGCCGCCUUUGCUCUUUCAACAGUCUUCCUCGCCGUCUGCGUCGACACUGCUUUUUAUACCCCAGGCGAAUUCUCCGUUUCCAAAGUCUUUGACAAUCCUGUCAUCACACCCCUCAACAACUUUCUCUACAAUUCCCGCUCGGAGAACCUGGCCCAGCAUGGCAUACACCCACGGUACCAGCACUUCCUUGUCAACCUUCCUCAACUCCUUGGGCCCGCCACCCCGCUCUUGUUCUUCCUGCGCACUUCUCAUAUCACCAUGACGCUGAUUUCGGCUCUGUCUGGUAUCGCUCUACUCAGCAUCUUCCCACACCAAGAGGCCCGUUUCUUGCUGCCCGUUGUACCCUUGAUACUCUCCUCCGUCCGCCUACCGAGCCCGGCCUUCAAAAAGCCCUGGAUAGCGUUGUGGGUCAUCUUCAACAUAGCCCUGGGAAUGUUGAUGGGCGUCUACCACCAGGGCGGUAUUGUUCCGGUGCAGGUGAACAUUGCCAAGUCCAACGAAACCGUCACUCAUGCUUUCUGGUGGAAGACGUACAGUCCACCCACCUGGCUGCUCAAUGGAAAGAAUGAGGAACUCAAGACCGUGGAUUUGAUGGGUUGUCCCGGCGAGCAGAUGCUCGAGAAAGUCAAGGAAGCACUCCCGCCUUGUCGCACUCGAAAGCCUCCACAGAUUGAAGAUCGAGGCGCCACAUACCUCGUAGCCCCGCGAUCAGCCUACUUCCUGAAGCCAUACCAAAACGCGACCAAGCAAAAAGAUGUCUCCCUAGAAGAAGUGUGGAGUUAUCGAGAGCACCUAAACCUGGACGAUAUGGACUUUGCCGAUGAUGGUGUUUGGAACACUCUUAACCGUGUUGUUGGCGAUCGAGGACUGGUAGUGUGGAAGGCAACUCGCAACUGCUGGGCUAGCUCUGAGUAAGAUGCAGUUGCUUCUACUCAGAUGAUGGAUACCAUGAGACGAUAUGGAUACGAGUGUACAAGAGGAACGUACACGAGAAUUUCAAUAUGCCCGGGACGUUCUGUUGUACAUUCUGAAACCCCCCCCCUUUUUUUUCUUCAU